AUGUCAUCACGUGAGUUGUGUUUGUCCAAUCCCCGCACCGGCCCGUACCGAAAACCCGACGUCACUGUGUUCUACGCCGCCAUGUCGUCCGGCGUCGAGCACAUCACCUUCAAGCGGCCCACCAACAACGAUCACAAGCCAAAGACAGCACAGCUGCGCCACACAGGUAUCCUCCAAGACCAGCUUCGGAGAGCACAACGUCGACCAUGGGUCCCAACCUUUUCACUCGCCGUACGCAUCCUAGCGCUCAUCAGAGUGUCUGGGGCCAUGUAUUCAAACAUCAGCGACUGUGACGAAGUUUACAACUUUUGGGAACCUCUACACUUCCUUGACCAAGGCUAUGGCUUUCAAACAUGGGAAUUGUCGCCAGCAUAUGCGCUCAGAAGUUGGGCAUACAUAUUACUGCACUUUAUCCCACCUCGACUUGGACGACUGUUGGUAGCUGGAGACAAGCGCGUCGCCUUUUUUGCGACAAGAAUCUUCCUGGGAUCUGUAUCAACCCUCGUUGAGGCCACUCUCUAUCGGACUAUCGUCACAGCAAUCAAUGAACGCGUCGGACGGUAUUAUUUCUUCCUCAUGAUCUUCAGCGCAGGGAUGUGGAAUGCUUCCACAGCUCUCUUGCCCUCAACCUUCGCAAUGUACACAACGGCCUUGGCAUGCUCUUACGCAUUUAUCCCCACCACCACCAAAAAUAAACACCGCACGCUGGCCGCAACCCUGCUCUUCGCGGUUGGCGGCAUCGUAGGGUGGCCAUUUGCCCUAGCACUUUCCAUGCCAUUCAUCCUCGAAGAGCUCUUCGUAUAUGGCGCCGACGUUGUUACCCCGGAGUCUCACGUAGCCUGGAUGACCACUCGUUUUACUCGUCUCUUCGGAGCGGGCCUAGCGGCUCUUCUCAUCUUCAUACCCGUUACGGCCAUCGACAGCCUAGCCUACGGCAAACUCGCCUUCGUACCUUGGAACAUCAUCAAAUACAACCUCUUCGGGGGCUCAGAGCGCGGCCCGACAUUAUAUGGCACCGAACCAUGGAAUUUCUACCUCAACAACCUCAUUAUCAAUUUCAACUUCGUUCUGCCUCUAGCCUUAAUAUCCUUACCCGCACUGGCAGUAACUUACGUCGUUGACCGGAAACGUCUGGGCUUCUACACCCCAACAGCGAACCAGAGCUCGCCGUUCACUUUGCUGGCUCUGAGGCUCGCCCCUUUGUACCUCUGGCUAGGUAUCUUGACGUUACAGCCGCACAAAGAAGAAAGGUUUAUGUUCCCAGCCUACCCUCUUCUCUGCUUCAACGCGGCCGUGAGCAUCUACCUCAUCCGUGGCUGGCUAGAAGUCGGUUACAUUAAAGUGACGAACUCCCCUUACCGCGCCUCCCAAGCAGUUGUCUUCAGCAACCUCACUCUCUCCAUCAUCGUCGCCUCCUCCUUCAUCUCCCUAACCCGCAUUCUCGCGCUCUGGAACUACUACCAUGCCCCUCUCGGCAUCACCUUCGACCUGCAAAUGACCGAGCUGCCCCGUCUGCUCAACGCCACGGGUCUCCUGCCCGUGUACCCCCCGAACAUGCCAGAGGAUGAGCAGCCAAGGAUCGACUUGUCCCCAGUGAAGGAAUUUGAUUUGAAGUUGUGUCUUGGAAAGGAGUGGUAUAGGUUCCCGGGGAGUUAUCUUGUACCGAAUGGUGUGAGGGUCGAGUUUGUGAAGAGCGAGUUUGAUGGAAUAUUGCCGAGGCAUUUCGAGGAAGGUCCGUUGGCCAAGGAGGAGGGGGAGGGAGGGGUCUUGAAGGCGCUGUCGAGGAACUGGUGGAUGAGGCCUCAGACAUCAUAUGUGCCGAAGGAUCUGAACGAUCUGAACAAGGAGGAACUCUCGCGAUAUAUCCCGAUAGACGAAUGCGACUACCUCAUCGAUCUCGACUUCCCAUUGCAUCCCUCCAGUAGCCCUCUCGAGCCCCGAUACGCUACGAUGACCGACACCUGGGAGCGUGUCUCCUGCCGCCCCUUCUUGGACGCCCGGCAUUCGUUAACCCUGACACGAGUGUUCUGGUUGCCUGGCGAGGCAUGGCAAAGACGGAACGAGUUUGGCGACUACUGCUUGCUGAAGAACAGCGAGCGGGUUGGAAGCAAGGAGCGGCUUUGGAUCGAAAAAAGGGCUGAGUAA